GUUAGGUGUGUAUGUGGACAUUAUCAGGAUGAAGCUACAGAAUGUACUAGAUGGAUUAGCAGUGGAGUGGACUGGAUCAAGAGUCAUAGCAACAUUACUGCUGUUUCUACUGCUUCUAUUACUUCUGAUCUACAAGAGUAAAGACAGAUCUACUGUUCCAGGUCCCUACUGGUUGUUUGGACUUGGCCCUAUUCUAACCUAUUCUAGGUUUUUGUGGACUGGAAUUGGCACAGCCUGCAAUUACUACAACAACAAAUAUGGCUGCAUGGCUCGAGUUUGGAUCCAGGGAGAGGAGACACUCAUUUUAAGCAAAGCUUCUGCAGUGUACCAUGUUUUGAAGAGCAGUAACUACAUUGCCAGAUUUGCUAGUAAGAGGGGACUUCAGUGUAUUGGAAUGAAAGAACAAGGUGUUAUCUUCAAUAGCAAUGUUAUGCUUUGGAAGAAAAUGCGCACAUAUUUUGCAAAAGCUCUUACUGGCCCUGGGCUCCAGAGGACAGUGGGUGUAUGUGUCAGUAGCACAAAUAAGCACCUGGAUGCCCUGGAUGAUUUUACUGACUCUUCAGGACAUGUGGAUGUUCUGAACUUGCUGCGCUGUAUUGUGAUAGAUGUCUCCAACAGACUCUUCCUCCGAAUUCCUCUCAACGAAAAAGAAAUGUUAAUAAAGAUCCACAAAUACUUUGAAACCUGGCAAACAGUCCUCAUCCAACCAGACAUUUUCUUCAAGCUAGACUGGAUUUAUAAAAAACAUCAACAUGCAGCAAAUGAGCUACAAGAGGAAAUGGCAAAACUCGUGGAGCAAAAGCGUGAAGUCAUUAAUGCCAUGGAAAAACUGGAUGAGAAUGACUUUGCAACAGAGUUGAUAUUUGCUCAGAAUCAUGGAGAGCUGUCAGCACAUGAUGUGAGGCAGUGUGUGUUGGAGAUGGUGAUUGCAGCGCCAGACACUCUGUCCGUCAGUUUGUUCUUCAUGCUGGUGUUGCUGAAGCAGAACCCAGUAGUUGAGCAGCAUAUAGUACAGGAGAUGCAGUCUGUCCUCGGUGAACAGGAACUGGAGAGGGCUGACAUGCAGAGUUUACAAGUGAUGGAAAGUUUUAUAAAAGAGUCUUUGCGCUUUCACCCAGUGGUGGAUUUUAUCAUGAGAAGAUCUCUGGAAGAUGAUUUUAUUGAUGGAUACCGGGUGCCCAAAGGAACAAACAUUAUCCUGAACAUUGGCCGGAUGCAUAAAAGCCCACAGUUCUUUUCCAAACCCACUGAAUUUAGUCUGGAGAACUUUAAUAAUAACGUGCCAAGUCGUUUCUUCCAACCAUUUGGUUGUGGACCACGUGCGUGCGUAGGGAAGCACAUCGCCAUGGUGAUGAUGAAGGCCAUAUUGUUGACACUGCUGUCUAGGUACACAGUGUGCCCACUGCCCGGAUGUACCAUCAACAACAUCAAACAAACCAACAAUCUCUCCCAGCAGCCUGUGGAAGAGGACACAAAGAACCUGGCCAUGAAAUUUAUACCACGUAAUCUCAGCUAAAUCUGAACCAGCAUCCAGAUGCUGUUUGACACAGAAUCUGACUUUUAAAACAAAGGUUAAAUAGAACAGAGGUUAACAUUCCUCAGUGAACCAAAACAUUAGGACUACCUGCCUAAUAUGCUGUCAAAACAGCUCUGGUCAACCAAAACAUGGACUCCACAAGACAUUCAAACAAGUUCUGUGGUAUUCAGUACCAGGAUAUAAGUGUUUCAACUAAAGAGGAUUCAUCAGACCAGUCAAUCAUUGCUCAAGUGCCUAUUAUUGGUGCGUUUGACAGUGGACAGAAGUAAACAUGGGCACUCUGAUUGGCCUGCAACUACACAGCCCCAUACACAGAUGUGUUUGAUGCACUGUGUGUUGUGAUAUUUACCUCAUCACCAGUAUUAAAUAUACAGUAUCUGCAAUUGAGCCACAGUAGCCAUCCUGUGAGUCCAUACUAGACUCUUUAUGUUUUCUGGUGACAAUGAGUGUUGGCCAGUCAACAACCUGUCUGCAAGUCUGUGGAUUGUCUCUCCUUGGACCACUAUUGGUGGGUACCCACCACAGCUGCCU